UGAUUUUUAUUUAUUUAAACAUUUAUAUAAUAACUAUUUAUUUUGUGCAAACAUAAAAUAUAUCAUAAUGGGUGAAGAGGUAAUAUUAAAAAAACUGUUUCUCCAAACGCAACAAAGUGUUCAGAAUGCAUUCAAUGAAAACAGAUUGCAAAAUGAAGACGGAUGCUUUUUUGAAAAAUUUGGAUCACUCUUGGGACAAAAUUUCCCAAAAGAAAACAAUGAUUUAAUGUCAAAUCUUUCUUUCGAAGUCAAAGAAGAUGAAAAUAAUUUAGCAGAAUCAGCAAUUUCGAAUGCUGAUUUGUAUAUCGAUUACGACUUAAAACUUCAAAGUUCCGAAGAUGGAUCCUUAUCGUCAGAACAAACGGAUGAACUCGUAACAGAAGCUUGUGGCAUGAACAUUGAUGAUCUCUACGAAGAAAUAUUAUAUGAAAUUACUAAUAAUGUUGGUUGUGAAUCGGAAAGUGUAUGCACUGAAACACUGCUUGAAUUUGCCCAACAGGUAUUUAGAAUUCCUGAUGAAAAACAUGAAGAGAUUCUAACAGCCUCAAAGAACAAAGAACCUCCAAAAAUACGAUUAAAUAUAGAAAUAAUAAAAGCAGAAAACUUGAUACCGAAAGACUCUAAUGGUUUAUCAGAUCCAUUCGUAACGCUAUUUCUAGAGUCCAAUUCUACUCAUCGGUACAACUCAUCAGUAAAACCCGAUACUUUGAAUCCAAUAUGGGAAGAACAUUUCUCAUUGCCCAUCACAGAAAAUCCGCGAGAAGAAAAAUUAAUUGUAGAAGUUUGGGAUUUUGAUGCGGCUGAAAGCGUUAAAGAAAAAGUGAAUAAAAUUUUUGAGGUAAAAGGUGUACGAGGCUUACGAAAAUUGGUUAAAGAAAUAGCAUUAACAGCUUCUACUGGAAGGCACGAUAAUGAAUUAAUUGGAAGAACUACUAUAACAUUAAAAUCUGUUCCAAUUUCUGGUUCAACAGUCUGGUUUAAUUUAGAAAAAGGAUCAAAAGCAAAAAAUCGUGGAUCAAUAUUAAUCAGCCUUUCAUUAAGUGCAGAAAAGAACAAAUAUGUUGCAAUACAAGAGCACAGGCAUUUACUUAAGCUUUUAUUUAUCCAUGAACUGGAAUCAUUGAAAACAACUAAAUUCUGCUGGGAUGGAAAAUUUAACCCUAAUUCUGAGUUAAUUCGAACUCAACAUUCUGUUCAAAGCGGUCUUAGCAAUUUCGAAUGCAGCUUAAGUCAAUGGGUCGUUUAUACUUCUUUUUAUAAAGAGCAUCCAAUAAGUUUUAAAGUUUUAAACGAAUUACUAGAAGUAAUUACUCCGUUCUUAAUAUGUUUGCAACGGAACUCGGAAGAAGUUAAGCAAUUUCGAGGUGGAUUAAAACAGAUUUUGCCUUCUUGUUUUUCCGUUCUACGUAAAUUGCGUACAAGAAAUGACCAGCAAGCAAUUACCACACUUGUUGAAGUGUUGAAUUUAAUAUCACAAAUAAAAGAAUUCGUCCUGCCAAUAGAUACUAGUUUAUUUCCUCAAAACGAAUAUACUUGGAUUCCUGAGAAUACUGAUAUUGAGGAAUAUGAUAUUAAUGAUAUUGCUACUUUUGCAAUUAAUAGUGGAACUAACGAUUGGCUUGAGUACAUUGUUGAGGGGAGUAAACCCAAGAGUGAUGAUGAAUGUGAUGAAAGUAUAUUACUAUAUUUAAUAAAAUUAAUACAAAUGAUAAGAUCUGAUUUACAAAAAGCUAUGGAAUAUUUCGAUAAACAUUUUUAUCACAAACUACAUAUAAAUUAUUCUACAGUGUUAUUUAAAUUUUACGAUAAGAAACUAACAGAAAUAAUCGAACCUAUUAUUGUAAAAAUAUCUGCAAAUAUGGAACGAUUGAAUGUACCUGAUGACCGGUUCGAGUAUUUACCAAACAUUGAUAAUGUUAAUAUGGGCACAACUCUUUUUGAACUUUAUAUUGUACUUAAACGCUUCUUAACAUUAGGCAAAUCAUUAUUACCAAAUGAACAACUUGAUAUAGAAAAUUUUUACACAUGGUUCAUUCCUGGAGUAACACAUUGGCUAGAUAUAUCCAUAUUGAAAGCCCUAAAUCGUAUUGACAAAGCAAUUGAACUUGAUCGACUGAAGGCAGUUGAUGAGACUGUGAAAUAUAGUUCCUCUGCUGUAGAUACGUUAGCGAUAUUCUAUCAAAUCAAGAUUUUUUGGCAACAGCUUGAUUGGCCUGAUGUUGAAGGUGCGUACACAUUUGUAGCAAAAAUUGUUGAUGAUAUUUGCAGGUGCUGUGUAUUUUAUGCUCAAAGAAUGUCAAAACGUGUGGAAUACUUAACUAAAGAUAAUACUGAAUUAUUUAUUGUGUCCACUGAAUGGUGUUUUGCAAUAAAUAACAUUGAUUACAUUUGUCAAAGUUUACCAGCAUUUAUACUAGAAUUGGGAGCUAAUAAAGUUAUUGAACAACUGGGAGAAAUUCGAACGCACUUAGAAUCCGAACGUUGUAAAGCCACAAUUCAAAAUGUCAUUGAUAACGCUUUGGACACUGAAAGAAAUCAAAUUCAAGAAUUAAUUGCUGUUGUUGCUAGGAAAAUGGCCCCUUCAAUUAAAAGAUUUUUAGCUGAAGGUUCAGAAGUUCUUUACAAGGACUCAAACUCAAUGGAAAAAUUGAUGAAUUAUAUGGAAAAUUCGUUAAGCACUCUGUACAAUAUUUUGAACGAGGUUAAUUUUGGUAGAAUGUUGGAUUGUAUUUGGGCAGAAUUAUCCAUUAUAAUGUACGAUUUAAUUCAAUCUAAUUUAGACAAACGCCGUCCACCUGCAUUUUUUCAAAACCUGAAACACACUCUUCAAGUGAUGGUAAAAUGUUUUAAAAUGGAAAAUUUUGAAACAUCUGAUGUUGAAGUGUUAAUUGAAAUUGAAAAACUCCUAAAUUUGCACGGAUUUGAAACUGCAGAAUUAAUUCAUCAGUAUUAUUUAGAACGAAUGGAAUAUCAAAAGGAGAUUAAGAAUUCUAAAUUUGGUCAAUUGGCGAUAAAGGCAUAUUUUACAGAAAAUAGUUUAAAACUUAAUAUAUUAAACGGAAGAAGUUUAGUACCAAUGGAUUCUAAUGGAUCAUGCGAUUCCUUUGUAAAGGUGCAUUUCUUACCUACAAAUAAGUUUAUUGGUGUAUCUGCACUUAAAACUGCUGUUAAAAGCAAAUCAUGUUUUCCCCUAUAUGACGAGCACUUUUCAAUAAAUUUAACGGAAGAACAGCAAAAUAACCAAGACAGUCUUAUCUUAUUUAGCAUCAAGGAUAAGGAUUUGUUUGGUAUGACAAACCAGUACAUUGGUGAAUGUUACAUCACAUUUGCAGAUAUUGUGACUUCAGAACAAGAACAAAUUCAUAUGGAACUAUCCAGACCUGAAUUAACAAAAUCCGAUGUUGUAAGAGCGCUGGAGUUCAGACAAGGAGACAAACAAGCGAAGGAUUUUUUAAAAAAAUUAAAAAAUAAAUCGUAUUCUUAGCAUCGAAUAUUUUAUAAAAUUAUGUCAGCAAAAA